CACAAAAGUUCAGUUUACGUCUCGUCUGUUAAAACAUACGUAUUCUCAUUGUCUUCGAAUAUGAAAAAAUAUCGACUAUUACUUUUAAUUUUUGUUCUAUAUAAGUGUGGUGUUUUUUGUGUUAAAUCUAACAAAGUACAAUUAUUUACUUCCGUUAAAUUCAAGCACCCUGAUGCGAAUAAUUAUGAUAAAGUACGUUCUGAAAGAGGAAUAAGAGAAUUUGACUUCGGUUUGGUCGAAAAAAAUCGGGUUGCACGUGGAAUAUCAGGAUUUAAAAACCAUCUAAGAUCAGGUGAUGCCCAUCAAAUUGCACAAUAUUUCCUCACUGGAGGACCCUUGAAAGGUCAUGCUCACUUUACAAGACAAACAAACUGUGAUUCAAAUACUGAAAGCAAUGUAGUUGGAAUGAGCAAUCCAGAAAGUAAAAAUGAUACGGAUUCGUCUAUAAAUGAACAAAAUUCAAGUGAAAAUGUGCCUGAUCCCAUUACUGGAGCUGCACAUAUACCUCAAUUACCUCCAUUACCACCAUAUAAACCUAUAGUUCAACCACCAAAUUUGUAUAAACCUCCUAAAUUACAUCCAAGUUUACACACAUUAAUUCCUAAACCACAUACACCUAUCCAGCAUACUUUCUUAGGUUCUAUUCUCCACCCUCGUUUACACCCACAUAUUAGCGCGCUACAUACUAUUCCUAGUGCUUUAAUGAAAGCAGCUAGUAUGCCAGUACAUGGUUUAUUACAGGCACAAUCACAUCUACAUGAUAUUUUAAAACCCCAUGGACUAGUUGGAAGUCCUAAUCUUGUGGGAAGCCCUAAUCUUCUUGGAAGUCCCAAUAAAGCUGAAGAAUCAAAUGAAACAUCCUCUCCAUUCCCCACACAUCCUGAACCUACUGGAUAUAUUGUACGUUAUGUACCCCACAACAAAACAUCCGAAUCACUGACUCCUAUUAAUACACCACAAACUUCUGAUGAUAGCUCAAAUUUAGAAGAAAAUGUAACAAUUUCGGCUAAUAACAACAAUCAAGAUGAAGAUAAAGAUGAAUGAUUACAAAUACAAAGUGAGAACAGUAAUGGU